AUUAGAUCCAUUAAUGUAUAGUAUAAUUGUUUUACAUAGUUUUAGGAAAAGAAAUGGGCAUAUUUUCCUCUUUAUUAAGUUCUAUCAUUCCCACAUCUGGGAGACAAUUUGCUUUCCGGACAUACUGGAAAUUGAUUAACAAAGUCAAGUCGUAAUAAGAGAAGUUCGAGAUCGAUUGAUAAUACGGGGAAAAUUUAUAAUAAAACUAGAGUGCCGCAUGUCUUCUUCUAUUUGGGAUUACAAUAACUUCAUUAUUAUAAACAACAGGUGACGAAGAAAUAACAUCUUUACCAAUGUUCCACAGAUAAAUGUGAUUUUCCUCUUCUUUCAGGAAUAUUCAUCUUGGCAUUAUUGAAUUGGUAUUGCCAUCAAUAUGGUCUAAAACAAAUCAUCAACUAUCUUAGUGACAAAAGAAGAUAAAAACUAAUUUGUUCAGACAACAGUUCUCAAUCAUUAAUGACGGAGCUAUAGAAAGUCUAAAUAAUUAUAAGAAAUUGGCGUUUACUUUGGGGUAAUUGAACAUUAUGUGCCAUGUACUUCAUUCGGCCAUAUUAUCUUUUUUAAUGAAUCGUCUACGGACGCAUUAUCGAAAGACUCUGGACGAAAGUAUAGUGCUUUAAACGCCUUUGAAAGGAAAUAGACAAAUGUGUAUAGUAGAUUUUUAUAAUAACUUAUUUGGAAUAUUGGAAUCAAAUUUAAUCGCCAUUAGCUCUUAGCUGACUGGGAUUUUUUUAACAAACAAAACAGUGUUGCAUUUUUUUCUAAUUUGAAAGCAUGAUAAUGCUGAUGAUUUGCUCAAAUCGUUACAGAAAUAGAAUGGUUAUAAAUUUGAUUUAAAACAUAAAAGGAUUUAUUUACCAUUGAUAUAAGGAUAUCUCCAUCACUUAAAUAAAUUCCAAAGUGAGAACAGAGUGUAACGAAGAUGGAUAGACGUUACAUGAAGCUGUCUCUAAUAUUUGUGCCUAUGAUAGUAUACCUGUCCAUUAUGUUCCGUGUUAUUGAUAACUUCUGCGAAGAUACAGACAUAUCAACAAGUAAAACCGUAUAUUCGACAGCCGUACUGAAAAAUACCAAACCUGAUACAAACGUGUCUCGGUACUUACAAUCAUUGGUUAAAAAAUAUGACGAACUGGAACAGGAGAAAGUCUAUUUACUUUCCCUCAUCAAAAAUUUAUUGGACCGAAAUACAGUAUUCACAGAUAAAAAUAAUUUCAUGAACGAAUUGGAUAAAAUAGUGCAUCCAAGAAAAAUAAAAGCGCAAAAACCUAAAUCUGACCGCACAUUUAUCGAAACAAAUAUAGUGAAACCAAAAUAUCUUUUCAACUGUACAAAUAUAAAUAAGAUUUCGUUAAAACAAAAGAUCGGACACGGAGUAUCAAAACAAGCCUUUUUAGGUCAUUACCACGGCCAAGAGAUUGCGGUAAAAAUGGUAACCAGACAUCAAAAGGACGUUAGAAACUGUUUUCAAAAGUUGUCAGAUGAAGAUAUAGUCAAAAGACACGAAUGCUUCAUGUUUCCCAACAUGAAGUUAAUGAAGGAAAUUCUAUUGCUAGAACAAAUGGAUCACCCGGGAUUCAUAAAACUGUUAGGAUAUUGUGUUAGGAGCGAAGAAACUGAUAGUACCGACCUAUCUGAACACGGCGUCACCGCAGUGUAUGAAUAUGGAAAGCGAUUAAACGUAGCUAAUUUACAGUUUAACACUUUCGAUAGUAGACUUCAGCACGCAAUCGAUCUUGCGGACUUUUUAUCUUAUUUGGACAAUUCCCCUUUGGGAUCUUUAAGAGUUAGAGACUUCAAAGAAACCCAUUUUCUUCUAGUAAACAGUUCAAUCAAGAUGAUCGAUUUAGAUGAUGUUGAUAAUCUAGAACCUUCCUGUGACAUUUAUUAUGAUACUCAAGACACCGAAUACGGCAAUGAAACCAAAGCCAGAAGUACCACAUGUGAAUUUGAUCUUCCUUGCUAUAUGGGAUUGUGCAUUGGAUCGAAUGCAAAAAAUAACUUGAAAAUGAUGAAUAAGCUAUUUCUAAGCCGAUUAUUGCACCCUAAAUUAUUUCCUAGUAGUGUAAGCGAAAAAGUAAGUGAUUUAUUAGCUCGAAUUGACACGUCAAAUAUUUCUGCUGCUGUUCUUGUACAACAAUUAUCUAACAUACAGAAAAUUUUAUUUUCAGUGUAUGGUCAUUAGCUCAAAUGUAUUUUGAUAUUAUUUAUAGCUUGUAUAACACAUAUAAAAAUAAUAAAAGUGACACAAAUCAAAUUACAUAUUACAUACGAACUACAACACUGUAUUAGUGUCCGAACAAUAUGCCAAACUUUAAACUCUUAAAAUGUUAAUAAAUCUAAUAGAGAAUAUCAAAUACAAACACAAUUUAAACGUUUUAUAGCUGACUAUACGAUAUGAGGUCUGUUCUUUUUUGAAGGUCUAAUAAAAUUAACGGUACCAAUUUUCUUGCACCAGAUGCGCAUUUCGACAAUACAUGUCUCUUCGGUGAUGCUCGUGACCAAAAUAUUUGAAAUCCAAAGCUUAUAUAAAAGAUGAAGAGCUAAAAUCCAAAAGGUCAAAACAGUAUAGCCAAAUCCGUGAAAGG